UGCUGCGUCAGCGGUCAGCUGCUGAAGUUGUCCAAAAUCGUGUUUCCCUGCGUAAAUAAAGUGACUGCGACGGCUGCGUGAUCCGCAAGACGUGGCAGAGAGGCGAUUUUUCGGUGUCCACCUUGACCAAAGUGUGCAAAAGCGUUCGGCAUCAUGGGCCUCACGAUCUCCAGCGUGCUGACCAAACUGUUCGGCAAGAAGCAGAUGAGGAUCUUGAUGGUCGGAUUGGACGCGGCCGGCAAAACCACCAUCCUGUACAAGCUCAAGCUGGGCGAGAUCGUCACCACCAUUCCCACUAUCGGAUUCAACGUGGAGACCGUCGAGUACAAGAACAUCUGCUUCACGGUGUGGGACGUUGGCGGCCAGGACAAAAUCCGUCCUCUCUGGAGACAUUACUUCCAGAAUACGCAGGGUCUGAUAUUCGUCAUCGAUUCCAAUGAUAGGGAGCGAAUUGGAGAGGCUCAGCGCGAGCUUGAACACAUGCUAAAGGAAGAUGAGUUGAGAGAUGCGGUGCUUCUUGUGUUCGCCAACAAACAGGACUUACCCAAUGCAAUGUCAGCUGCCGAGCUGACGGACAAACUUGGUCUCAACCAGCUACGAAACCGCCACUGGUAUAUUCAAUCAACUUGUGCUACUCAAGGCCACGGCCUCUAUGAGGGUCUGGACUGGCUGUCAAACGAGCUGGCCAAAAAGUAAUUUGAGCCUCUUUUGUUUGUUAUCCGUGAGUUGUUCUUGCAAAUAUUGGCAAAGACAUUUCACUCGUAUGUCACAUCUGGAUGUCUCUGUCUGUUUUGCAAAUCGAAGAAUGGAGAAAAUGCAGUUGAACUGGUCACCGAUACGUUCCAAAAC